ACCAAGUCAUCGAAUAAAAUGCCUGGCACCAAGCAAAAGCUCAAUACAGGAGCAGAAAUCCCAGCUCUUGGCUUUGGUACCUGGCAAGAUGUCGGUUCUCAAGAGGCUGCUGUAAGAGAAGCUAUCAAGGCCGGAUACAGACACAUUGACACUGCGCGAGUAUACGGCACCGAGCCAGCGGUUGGAAAAGCAAUUCGCGAAAGCGGCAUACCACGCAACGAACUUUUCGUUACUACCAAGCUCUGGAAUAAUAAACACCAUCCAGAAGAUGUACCCAAGGCCCUGGACGAAUCCCUCAAAGACCUGGGGCUAGACUAUGUUGAUCUGUUCUUGAUACACUUUCCGGUUGCCUGGAAGCGUGGCAAUGAUUCGUUUCCCGAAGAAAACGGAAAAAUGGUUGUAGUCGAUAUUGACUAUGUUGAUACAUAUAAAGCGAUGGAAAAGCUGUUGCAGACUGGUAAAGUCAAGGCCAUCGGGAUUUCCAACUUCUCCAAGUCGGAGAUGGAACGCUUGUUGAAGAAUACAUCAGUUCUGCCUGCUGUUCACCAGAUGGAAUUGCAUCCAUGGCUACAACAGAAAGAUUUCACCCAAUGGCAUAAAGACAAAGGAAUCCAUGUCUCCCAGUAUUCGCCUUUUGGCAACCAGAACGAGACUUACUCGGGCCCCCAGCACCUUGGAAAGCUUAUCGACAGUCCUGUUAUUAACGAAAUUGGCAAGAAAUACGGCAAGACAGGCGCUCAGGUUGCCUUGGCAUGGGGAAUUACGCAGGGCCACUCAGUCUUACCAAAGUCCAAAACACCGCACCGAAUCAAGGCAAACCUCGAGGGCGAUUUCAAGCUAAAUGCUGAUGAUAUGAAGACAAUUGAAAAAAUGGACAAGAAACUGCGGUUUAAUGAUAGCAGCGAGGAAUUCGGAAAGGUGCUUUACGCGGAUUUGGACGGGAAAUGAGGGAUUGCAACCUAGUCCAGGUCAUGAGAAAAC